AUGUUCCCCGGCUCCAGUCACUCUCAGAACGGACUCACUGCUGGGAUCCUGCCCCCCUCUCAGGACGGCUCCUCCAGGCACCACCCGCUGGACUCCUCGGCCAUGGCCGGCCCCCACCACCACCUGUCCCCGCUGCCUGCGGCCGAGAGCACCCGGGAAGGACUCACUCCAAACAUCCUCACUCCUCUGAAAGCAUUCAUCCCGCCUGCCCUGCUGCAGAAGCACCCCCUGCCGCCUGCACAGACCCAUCCCCCCGGGGGGCAGCCCUUCCCCACCCUUUCCAGCAAGCCGUACCAAGCGUUCCAGAACCCAGCAGCAGCAGCAGCACCUCCUCUGGCCCCGCAAGGCUACCAAGGCAGCUUCCAUUCCAUCCAGAACUGUUUCCACUACGGCGACUGCUACAGGGCCGUGGGGCCGGCCGGCGGCAGUGGGGACGGUCUGGCGGGAGAGCCCCACGGCUUUAAUCCUCUGCGGUCCAAUGGCUACCACCCCCUCGGCACCCCCUUACCGGCCCAAGGCUACGAUACCCUGUCUGAGGCCCCGUGCGGCCCCCAGGAAGCGGCCUCCAGCAGCCCCGACGACAGUGGCUUCUUCCCCAGCGGCCCCUAUGAGCCCUGUUUGAAUUCCCUCCCCUCCAUCUACGCCGACACCUAAGGCCCGGCCUGGCCCGGCGCAGGCCUCCCGUCUCAGCCCUCUCAUUGUAUCCAAGCUUGACCCCAGCCUGGCCUUCCAGGCCCACAUAUGUAGCCAGGCCUGGGAGCCUGUAUGAGCUCCAGGAAGCCCCCGUGCAGACGGACCCCGCCUGCCCGCCCCAACACUAAGCCCCGCCGGGGAGCCGCGGCCCCAGGAGGCCCCCACGGGUCCGAGGAGCGCCCACGGAGCCCGGGCCGACGCUCCCCUGAAUGCCCGAGACGGCCAGGAGCCUCCUCGAAACCAUCCGGACUUGUUUUUUAAUUUGAAGAUCACAGACCUCAUGUAUAUAAAUUGUACAGAACUGACGUCCAUUCCUCACCUGGUUUUAUAGGUUCCGUUUUACAAGAAAGCAUUAAAAACUG